ACCAGUUGAUAGUUGCCAAACAACUAGCAAAUUAGAAUCCAAAAGCUUCUUAGUUGGUUCAGAAUCUUCGUAUAGCUAUUCUCUCUCUAACCUGACAUUCAAACAUGGAGCAGAGCCCCAACAAUGGCACCAAAAAGGUCAAAUUACUCUGCAGCUACGGCGGCCAGAUCAAGUCCCGCCCCUCCGACCACCACCUCUCCUACCUCGGCGGCGACACCAAAAUCGUCGCCGUCGACCGCGCCGUCAAAUUCUCCCAAUUCUCCGCCAAGCUCAAAUCCCUCCUCUCCGACGCCGCCGAGAUAUCCGUCAAAUACCAGCUCCCCGGCGAGGACCUCGACGCCCUAGUCUCUCUAAUCGACGACGACGACGUGGAGCACAUGAUGAUAGAGUACGACCGCAUGCAGAGGAUCUCCCCCAAACCCGCCCGCCUCCGCAUAUUCGUAUUCAACAUUUCCGCUCCGGUUAAACCGGUCGCCGCGUCAAACCCGGAUUACUUAUUCGGGUUCGACAAGGAGAACCAGCCCAGCAUCGCCCAGACCCCGCUCGAUCUCUUCCCGGUUCCCUCCCGGUUCAGCAAUGGACCGGUGGUUCAUCGGGUACCGGUUGCUGCGUAUGGCUAUUCGUAUGGGAACCGAGAGCAGUCGGUUUACAAUUUAAUUCCGAUGAUGCCCCCGGUUUCGGUUGUGAAUGGCGUGGAACUGAAUGGGAAUAUGCGUCAUGUUUGACUGGGGUAAUUAGAGACCCACAUGCCAUUAUGGUUUGGAUUAAGAGAAUCGUGUUGAUGGCCCACACCAUUCCUUCUUUAGCCCAUUUUGCUUUUUAACAUUUUUAGAUGUGUACUCAAAUGAUUGUAUAAUGAAAUAUACUCAGUUCUAAA